AUGGGUUUUACUAUCCGUAAAAGAGACCUGUCAAGAGAUGAGGAUGGAAAUUUGAAUAGAAGGUACUAUGUUUUCAAUCGCCAAGGGACAAGGGAUCCAAAACACUAUCGUCUAGUCGACGGAAAGAGGAAUUAUAAACCAGAGACUAGAACUGGUUACAAGGCACGUUGUUCUUUGAAUGAGGCUGACAAAGCCCAGAUUGUUUACAUGAAGGAAUAUGGGUUUCAAACUUCUCAAAUUGUUGGGAUUUUGGCUAAGCUUGUUGGUGGCUAUGGUAACCUUAAUUUCACGAAGAAGGAUGUUUAUAACUUCAUUGAUCGGGAUAGGUGUGCAAAGAUAGAGCACAAAGAUGCUGCGGCCGUAGUAGCUUAUCUUCAGAGUAAGGCAGAUGUGGACCCAAUGUUUGUUGCUCGUUAUACACUACUUUCGACUCCACUUAUAAGAAGGAUAGAUAUAAUAAACCUGAUUUUCUCUGGAUCAAAUAAUCAUUGCUUGACUUGCAUAUUUGGGUUUCUUGUGCUUGCCAAUGAAACUCGAGAUACCUACACAUGGUUGCUGAAGGAAUUUUUGGAUGUCAUGAUGAACAAGGAACCAAGUGUUGUAGUGACUGACGAUGACGAUCAAAUGCGACAAGCAAUAAAGGAGGUAUCGAUAUAUCCUAAUAUGACGGUACCCCAAUUUAAAGCUUACUGGGAAGAAAUGAUUCAGAAAUUUGACAUUGGUGAGGACCACUGGCUUUUAACCAAAUAUGCCAAUAAAGAAAUGUGGGCCACUAUAUACCUACGUGGAAAGUUUAGUGCAAGUGUUAGAACAACAUCUCGAUGUGAAGAUUACCGUAACAAUGAACUCGUUACUCAAUUCAAGUCUAUGUAUAGUAAGCCAUUGCUGACUACUGGGUUGGACUCCAUUGAGCAGGCUGCAGCAAUGGUUUACACUGCAGAAUUAUUUGCAGAGGUGGAGGAUCAACUAGCAAAAGUUGCUGCACUAAAGCAUGUCGGCAAAAGUGGUAUGGGCAGUAAUGUUGUUCAUUGUGUUGCAAAAUUUAGACGACCAGGUAGACUUUAUCAUGUUCUUCAUGAUGUGACUUCAGAAAGGAUUGAAUGUGAGUGUCACCGUUGGAAACAAAGUGACAUACCAUGCAACCAUAAAGGAGUAGAUACCUCUACAUUGUGA